CAGUGUUUUAUUAAACUAAUACAAGACAAAUCUUUACAGUGUACAAGAGCAUUACUGCAGCAAAGAAGCACUGAUUUGUGCAUGUGGUUCUGAACCCUGCCUUAAACUGAUGUGAUCAUAUGGGAAUUUAAAGCAAAAGUAACUGUAACUCCUGUAGCUGCCCUGCAAACCACAAAAGUCAGAACCCAUGUUGAUGAAGCCUAAGCAUCAAUAUAUUUAUAUAUGUUUAACAUAUAGAUUUAAUAUAUACAUACAUCACAACAUAUGCAUAUACAAUACAUACACACAUAUGUAUGAAAUAUUAAACCUAGCCUGAAUGACCCAAAUAAACAGCCAGGAUUCAGAAGUUCUGAUCUGGUCAACCCCUUCUUUCAUAACUGGAGAAAUUAAAGACCCCAGAAGUGGACAGGUCAAAUGCCUUGUCCAAUGUCGUCUGCCCAGUCCAUGGAGAAGUCUCAUGAUUUCCAGCUAGUGCCCCAUCCCCCAAUUACUUCUGACUCCUGGGGGCAGAACCGCAGAAUGAGUCUGAUGGCCUCAUCUUAUUUCUGCCAGAUUGCCUACUAACGUUAGCUUUCAGCACCGAGCAGACCGCAGGGUUUUCUGCAUGGAGACCCGGCCCUUCCUUCUGCCUACUCAAGCUGAGAUCCAUUCGUUCCCACUGCCCAUCAACGUGCUAACUGCUCCCGCCAUGAAGAAAGGGAGAGAGACCCUGGGGGUCCAGAUGUCACCAUGGAGGCCCACCGGGGAGAGGGGCCAACCCAUUUGACAGCAGUAUGAGGGCUAACGUUUGGCACUAGCUAGGGUGAUUGUGACUGCUAGAGUCUUGUCGCAUGCUUGGGCUAUGUCAUUAAACUGCAGGUCCAGAUGGCAAGACUCAGUGGGCUUGGACACUUCUGACCUAAAUUUUAUAGGCAGCUGUGAAGAUUAAGUAAGUUACUUGGAAACAAGGUUAUCUACCUUUUUUUCCUAGGAGGAGCUUGUGCUUGCAUGGUUCUGGUCCAGUGGUUUAGUUCUUGAGAAUUUUUGUGGCUGAGAGGACAAAGUCCAUCCGUCAAAAUUAAUGUGUUGAAGACUUGAGCUCCUCUGUCUGUAUUUGGAAAAUAUCAUGAAAGAGGCCAGUCCUGGAGGGCUUUCCAACUUUUUGGGUUUUCCACUGAAGAAAGACCCAUCAUGGGCUAUGUAUUCUCAAUGCUGUGCAAAGCUCUGAGCGUGAUUCAUGACACUAUAGCACGAAAGAACUACCCUGGGCUGUACGUGGCCCGGGGGUGGUGGCUGGACACACCUUUGCGUCUCUAGUGAUGGUAAAGAAGCUCCUUCCAAGGAUCCACCCGAAUCAAGUGAGGACGCAGCCUCGCUUGAAAACAAGGGAAAAUGUUUCCUGCCACAGAACAUGACUCAAGACCUGGUGCUCUCAUUCUGUGUGAAGAGUCGCUUCAGGAGCUGUGUCAAUGCACCCUUGCAGGAGGCUGCACGGAGGCGGCUCUGGGCCCUGGAGAAUGAAGACCAUGAAGUCCGUGCACUGUUUAAGGAUCUCUCUGCAAGGCUGGUGAGCAUUCAGUCCCAGAAGGACCAGUUCCUCAUCACCUUCAAGACUGUGGAAGAAAUCUGGAAGUUUUCCACCUACCUGAACUUAGGCUAUGUGUCCAUGUGUCUGGAACAGCUCUUCUUUGACCACAAGUACUGGCUCAACUGCAGGCUGGUGGAUGACACAGAGAUCCAAGUGUCUGUAGAUGACAGUCACUUGGAGAAAAUAUACCUGGGCCUCUUACUGCAGGAAGGCCACUUCUUCUGCAGAGCCACCUGCUCCGUGGCUCAGCCAGAUGAAAAGGAUGGGGAAUAUUUGACACUGUGCAAGAAUGAGCUAAUCUCCGUGCUCCCGGAAGGCGAAUCUGAGUGGGAAAGCGUGUCUUUAGUGACGGGUCAGAAGGGCCUGGUGCCUGUGUCAGCCCUGGAGCCCCUGUCUGUCCCUUUCCAUCAAUGGUUCCUAAAGAAUUACCCAGGAAUCUGUGGUCUUCCCAGGAAGAGAGACUGGACAGGUUCCUGUCAUAUUGGCAGAGGACGGUGCAAGGCCCUGAUGGAUUACAAACAAGAGGAAAAGGAUGAACUGAGCUUCCUCCAGGGAGAAAGCAUUGAGAUCCUUGGCUUUGUUAUCCCCGGGCUGCAGUGGUUCAUUGGGAAGUCAGUGACCUCAGGAGAAGUGGGCUUUGUCCCCACCAGGAGCAUAGAUCCAGAUUCCUGCUCCCCAGUGAGCAAGAACUCUGCCUUUUUCAGUGAGGAGGAAAGAUGUUCUCUCUGGGCCCCUGGAAGUGACAGGAAGGCUGAGUGUUCCGGCUUCUUACGUGCGCUUGCUCACACUGACAUCGCUUCUGUCUACCGGCUUAGUGAGUUCGAAUCCAUCCAGAAUCUCCAGAAUGAUCUGAGCGCGUCUCACCCUGAGGGCUUCAAGGAGGCCAGGUCUGGUGGGGCCUGGGAGGAGCGGCAGACCCUGGACUCCAGACGCUCCAGCAGUUCCGUGGACUCCAGCCCCGAGGAAGAGCUCCUCUCGGCCUCCUCUGACAGCUAUCACCUUCCAGAGCCUGACGACCUCGAUGACCCGGAACUGUUCAUGGACCUGAGCACUAGCUUGGAAGAGGAUGAAGCAGAGCACUUUGCCCCCAUCUUGGCUUUCCUGGAUCACGAGGGCUACAGCGACCACUUUAAGAGCCUCUAUGAUUCCUCCUUCUCUUUCCUUACUUCCUCCUUUUACAGCUUCUCUGAGGAGGAUGAGCUAGUGGCCUACCUAGAGACCUCACGAAAGUGGGCCAAGAUGAGCCACAUGACGUGGGCCCACGCCCGGCUCUGCUUCCUCCUGGGCCGACUAAGCAUCAGGAAGAUCAAACUUUCCCAGGCCAGGGUAUACUUUGAGGAGGCCAUACAGGUCCUUGACGGGGCGUUUGAGGACCUCUCCCUAGUGUCUGCUCUGUACAUCAAUUUGGCAGCCGUCUAUCUGAGGCAGAGGCUAAGGCAUAAAGGCUCGGCCUUGCUUGAAAAGGCAGGUGCCCUGCUAGCCUGCCUGCCUGACCGUGAGUUCUGUGCCAAGAACGAGCUUGAUGUGGUGGCCUAUGUGCUGCGUCAAGGGAUUGUGGUGGGGAGUGGCCCUCUGGAGGCCAGGUCCUGCUUCCUGGCCAUCCGAUUGCUCCUGAGCCUUGGCCGGCAUGAGGAAGUUCUGCCAUUUGCUGAGCGCCUGCAGCUGCUUUCUGGACACCCUCCUGCCUCGGAGGCUACAGUCACCAUGUUGAGUUUUCUGUAUGACAAGAAAUACCUUCCACAUCUUGCAGUGGCCUCUGUUCAGAAACGUGGUCCCCAGAGUGCCCGGGGGAUGUCCUUUUCCAUUUGGCAGGCCUAUUUCAUUCUCCAGAAUGGCCCUAAGAUCCUUGGUGUUCCUUCCUCAAGCUGGGGUGAAGUUUCUGCGCUGGCCUGUCCAACCCUCAGUCAGGCCUUGGCUGCCUGUGAAGAGCAGACUGACCCGAGCACCCAGAGGACCUUAUGUCUCAUCCUGUCCAAAAUGUACCUCCAGUAUAGGUCUCUUGAGGGUUCCAUCUACUAUCUGAGCCAGGCCCAGACGUUAGGGAAGCUACUAGGUGAACAAGAAGCCUUUGAAUCGUCUCUCUGUCUGGCCUGGGCUUACCUCUUAGCCAGGCAGACCAAGAAAGCUCUGGAGAUCCUUGAACCACUACUGUGUUGCUUGAGGGAGACAGAAUGCAUGACGCAGAGGGGCGUGGUCCAUAACCUCCUGGGACUUGCGUUUCAAGACGAAGGCCGGACAAACAGGGCAGCCAAGAGCUACCUCCGAGCUUUGAUCAGGGCUCGGGAGGUGGGGAAUGUGCGUAACCAGGCCGUGUCUAUGGCCAAUCUUGGCCACUUGACCCUUAAGUCCUGCAUGCAGCAGUCAGCCAGGGGUUAUCUCCUGCAAGCUGUCCGACUGUAUUCUGAACUCCAAGCCAGCAAGGAGACAGAUAUGGAAUUGAUACAAGUGUUACUCUGGUUGGGUCAAGCUCUGGUGUCUGGACAGCAGCUGGUCCACAGCCGCCUCUGUUAUGAAAUGGCAUUGCUGUUUGGCCUAAGGCAUCGGCACUUGAACAGUCAGCUCCAGGUCACCAAAUCCCUCUGCCAUUUCUACAGCUCGGUGUCCCCAAACCCUGAUGCGUGCAUCACAUAUCACGAACACUGGCUGGCCCUGGUUCAGCAACUCAGGGACCGGGAGAUGGAGGGGCGGUUACUGGAGUCUCUCGGGCAGCUUUAUCGGAACCUAAAUACAUCCAGGUCCCUCAGGAGGUCCCUCAACUGCAUCAAGGAGAGUCUGCGGAUAUUUGUCGACCUAGGGGAGAGAGACAAGGCGGCCAAGGCCUGGCUGGGGGCGGGGCGUCUGCACUACCUCAUGCAGGAGGAUGAAGUGGUGGAAUUGUACUUGCAGGCAGCCAUCCAGACAGCCUUGAGGUCAGAGGAGCCCUCCCUUGCUCUUAAGCUUUACGAAGAAGCAGGUGAUGUGUUCUUCAAUGGGACCCGCCAUAGACAUCGUGCUGUGGAGUAUUACCGGGCUGGGGCCGUUCCUUUAGCGAGGAGAAUGAAGGCGGUGAGAACCGAGCUACGGAUCUUCAACAAACUGACCGAGCUACAGAUCAGCCUCGAGGGCUAUGAAAAAGCCUUGGAAUUUGCCACCCUGGCUGCCCGGCUGAGUGUCCUCACAGGAGAUCAGAAGCAGGAGCUGGUGGCUUUUCACCGCCUGGCUACGGUGUACUUCUCUCUGAACAUGUAUGAGAUGGCUGAAGACUGCUAUCUGAGGACUCUGUCCCUCUGUCCAGCAUGGCUACAGAGUCCCAGGGAGGCCCUGUACUACGCCAAGGUGUAUUACCGCCUGGGCCGCCUCACUUUCUACCAGCUGAAGGACGCUCAUGAUGCUACUGAAUACUUCCUGCUGGCGCUAGCAGCUGCGGUCCUGCUGGGUGACGAGGAGCUGCAGGACACCAUUAAGAACAGACUAGACAACAUCUGCCAGAGUCCCUUGUGGCACAGCAAUCCCUUGGGGUGCUCCGCAGAGAGGGCUCGGUGGCUCAGUGGCGGGAGCCUGGCCCUCUGAAGAGAUCCAUCUUCUUUCUGACCACUUUGCCGUGGUGAGAUGCUGCCUUCCUGCCCCAUGUUCUUAGAUCUGGCCUGGGAGGGUUCAAACUUUCCCCUCAUUUUAUGGAGAAGGGCAGCAAAGCUCAGAAGGAGAGGGGCUCUGGGAGGAGCAUCUUGGCCCCAUGCUUCGCUUCUGGAUCUCCGCCCAGGUCACUGUGUGACUCCUCUACACAGACAGCUUUGAAAAUGUCUUCUCUCAACCCAGCUCUGCAGACAGUAAGGAAAGCCGGCCCUGUGCUGGGGAAAGGUUGAGCAGGCCCAUCCUGGUGCCCUCAGCAGUGUUCUCAGGGAAAGACUCUUCAGUUCCAGUGGAGGAACCAAAGGAGUCAGUACUCCAUGCUCAUGGGGACCAUAGGCACAGAAAUUCAGCAUAGUUGUAGCUCAAGGGACAUAGCCCCAGAAGGACCAGGUGGAAGGCACAGAGGUCUAACUGACACCCAUAUUCUCCAUUCUACCUGGAAGCAGGGCUCUUGUGCAGCCUUCCAGAGAAUCAAGGGAAACUCCCCCAGGGCUGAGGCUUGAGAAUUAUGCCAUGCAUUAAUUGUAAAUACUGUAUAUCAUUAAAUGUUGACUAUUUACAUUUA